AUGAUUAUGAUUUUGGUGUGGACGGUUGUUAUGGGCGGAAUUUUAAUUAUAAUAAGACAAGUCAACAUUGAUCAAUCUCCACAUGAUGCAGCCAUUGUCGCCAAAUUAUCAUCAUCGGAAAUCAAUGAAAAUGCAAUUUUAAAUAAAAAUUUAUUACAAAAACAAUUACCACAAUUUCGUUCAACAAAUGGAACAAUAACUGGUUUACUUGAAGUUACAAAACGUUUAUCAGAAUGUGGUGUUUACCGUUUAGCUGAAUGGUACAAGUUUUACCAAAUAUUGAUUACUUUACCAUUAGGUGCUAAUGAAUGCGAAAAGUCAUUUAGUGCAUUAACAAGAAUCAAAACAAAGUUACGUAACAGACUUGAAAAUCAUACACUUGAAACAACAGUUAAAUAUGCAAUAAUGAAACUAUAUAUGAACAAUGAUGACACUGACUAUAUUGUUUCAAAUUUUUAUGCUAAUCUUACAACAGCAAGAUCUCGAAACCCUUCAACAACAUGUGUUGAUACACAAGUUGAAUUAUAUAUUCCACGAAAAUGUUCACCAUCAAAUACAAUUAUAGCCGGUAAAGAUCAUGCAGCCAUUCAACUUGAUAUAGCCGAUAUUGAUCAACAAACCGGUCUUAUAACGGGAAAAUCAAGAACAUAUGCAAUUUGUGGAUCAAUUCGAAUGAUGGGUGAAUCUGAUGAUUCCAUUACACGAAUGGCAUUGAGAGGCGGUUUAUUAGCUAUAAAUUUUAGUGCAAAUGACAAUAAAUGA